CUCUCUGGUCUUCGAUAUGGUAGGAUGGAUGAAGUACACCUCUGUCGGCAUGUAAUUCGUUAGCGUGGUACCGCUACUCUACGAUAUUCAAGGCAUUAGAGUUGAGCAAAGCAGGCAUCUUUUGAAAGACCGUGAGAACAACUCGAAAACCGUCGAAAACCAUUGGACCCCGUUCAUUGGACCCCGUUCAGGGGUACAAAAGCGGAAAGUGGAAGCCGAAAGUGCAAAUAGCGGUAAUGCAUCUAGUCACAUACGAGCCGAGGCGCGUUCACGGUCCAAAGACGCAUGUUUGUUUGUGUGAUCAUCCAGAGCAUCGAUUUGUCUUCGUCAAAUUAGCCUACCCAUCUCACACGAUGCCUAGAGGACAGCCCAAGACGGCGGCCAUGGGCCAGCAUGGGCAGCAUCAGCUGCAGAUGACUCCUCAGCCGGCCCAACCUCAAAUGCAACAGCAAAUGCAGCAACAACAGCAACAAUUACACCAGUUCCACAAUUUCCAACCGCAAAACCCGCCGCCCCAGGGCCAAGCGGCCAGUUCAGCUAUCCAUCAACACCAGCAGGCUGGAUACACUCAGCAACAACUCCAACCCAUCCCGAACCAAAGUGCUACUGGCACUCAGCAGGGCCAACAGCAGCAACCACAGUCCCUGCAGCAGCAACAGCAACUUCAUGAUCAGCAAGCUCAGCAGGGCCAGCCCGGUCCGUCCAGCGGCCAAGGGCAAGGGCAACCACAGCCGGCCCGGCCCAACUUCCAGAUGGCCCUCCUGCCCCCUCCCCAGGACCGCUUGUAUCCCACCUUUGAAGCGCUCCAGACGGACCUCAAAGCCUUCACGCGGUCGCAGGGCUACGCCUGUGUGAUUGUGUCCUCGCUCAACCGGGACCCGGACGGCCACUACCGGAGGUACAACCUCUGCUGUUCCAAGGGCGGCAAGACGUACACCUCGCACAGCCGGGGGAUUCGCCAAUCGCGGUCGACCAAGACGGGGUGUCCGAUGAAGAUGAAGGCUGUUCAGGAGAAAGCGUGGCCGUACGACGACAAGUGGCGCGUGGUCGUCCAGUGCGCCGAGCACAACCACGAACCCUUCACGGGCGAGCAGCCCGGCGUCAACGUCCCUGCUCAGUUCCGCAAGAUCGAGCAGGACGGCGCCCGUUGGCUCAAGAUCAUGCACCGCGACGCCCAGUGCACCCUCAGGCAGCUGACGAUUGGGAUUCGCAUCUCGUUCGGGGACAAGUACCAGUAUGUCAAGAAGAGCGAUGUGCGCAACAUGUUAGCCAAGAUCAAGAGGGAGGAUGAGAGGAAGGCGGCGGCCGAUGCGGCUGCUCAGGGUCUCCCAACCAACUUGCCGUAUACGCUCAUUCCGCCUGAACACCAGCCACCGCCGCUUCAGCCGACCAAUGUGGAAAUGAUGCCGCCGUUGCCGUCGGACUUACAGGUGUCGGACCCGGACUUGGAGUCGGAUAAUGAUGAUGCAGAGCCUUAGUAUAAUACCGAGGCCUGGUGCGGAGAAGUGAGGAAAGAGCUUUGGGUUGAGGUUCAAGAAGCCAAGGCAGAGCUACCGCUACAUGCAUUGGCAAUUCGGAUCGAUUCGCGGUUUUGUUUGAUGGUGUGUUGAGCGGGGUUGAGCAGAAGCAAGGACUGCAACCUUCAGUUUCGACAGUUGAGACGUGUGCGGUCUGACUAAUGGUACAUGACACAUAUGUAUGAGCACUUAUGAUUUACCUGUUUUGAUGCUGUCCGGUGACCCUGCACCAGGGUCGAGCGGUACUAUAAUCAGGUUUUGUUUGUCUGGUUGUCUACCAGUUACGAGGACAUUUAGGUUGCAAAUAAUAUUUCACGGCUGAGGUGGGUAAUAAAGCCUCGAAGACAAUCCAUGGCAGCGGGAGGCCAUUCUCAAAAGCACUUUACAUAAGGGAGGGAAAGGGGAAAAAAACGGAUAACAAAAGAAGAAAACAGUUCAAAAGGGAAGUCACAAGGCGAUCACUAGAUUCUUCUUCCAGCAUUCCUUGGUACAACUUAGGUAAUAAAGCCAAGGCUUCAACAAUUCUCUCAUCAUAUUCAUAGCGUGCAACUAACGGCAG